AUGCAGGACCACGUGCGCUCUUCCGAAAGCCGCAGCCCCGACACCGAAGAGACCCUCGCCGCCAUUUGGCAGGAUCUGUUCGGCCGGGAUGAAAUCUCGCCGGAGGACGACUUCUUCGAACUCGGGGGGAAUUCCCUGACCGCGAUCAAGUUCCUGGCGCGGGUCGAGGACGUCUUCGGGCCGGAAGCGCUGCUGCCGGAGACGCUGUACGAGGAUGCGCGGCUGCGCAGCCUGGCCGCGGCCAUCGAGGCUGCGCGUCAGGCGCCGCCGCCUGUCGUGUCCGUGAGCGCCGGUGCCCCGGGCGCCUGGUUCGUGCCCUUCGGGCAGGCCGAGGCGGCCGCCUGUCGGCUCUACUGCUUUGCCCACGCCGGCGGCGGCGCGCAGACCUUUCGCGGCUGGCAGGCCCAACUGCCACCCGCGCUCGCCGCUGUCGGGGUCUGCCUGCCGGGGCGCGAGCGGCGCGUCCGGGAAGCGCCCUUGCGGCAUUGGCCCGAGGCCCUGGCGGCGAUCGUCGAUGCCUUGGCCGAGCAGGCGGGGCAGGGGCCCUUCGCGCUGUUCGGCCACAGCCUGGGCGCGCGCCUCGCCUACGAGGCGGCCCAUCGGCUCGCCGCGCGGGGACAGGCCGCGCCCGUGGCGGUGAUCGUGGCGGGGUGCCAUGCGCCGACCGUGCCCCGGCGUUGGCCGACAAUGCACAAGAUGUCGCAGGCCGAGCUGGUGGACUGUCUGCGCCGCAUGGGCGGCGUUCCGGCGGAGGUUCUGGACGACGCGCGGAUGAUGGAGCUGCUGGCGCCCGUCCUGCGGUCCGACCUCGAACUUGCCGAGACCUGGCGCCCGACGCGCGCCCCGCUGGCUUGCCCGCUCGUCGCGCUGUGCGGCCGCGCGGAUCAGGUGGCGCGCGAGGGCGACAUGGCGCCCUGGCAUCUGCAAACCCGCGACACCUUCGAGUUCUACAGCUUUCCGGGCGGCCACUUCUUCCCGCAAGAGCGCCAGGCGGAGGUUGUCGCGGAGUUCCGCAUGGUGGUGACGGCGUCCAACCAGGUGGCGGCCUCCGGCGCGCCGCACCGCGCCGGUCCGGAGCGGGGCGUCGCCUGCCUGUUCCGGGCGGUGGCGGCGCGUUACCCGCAGGCGGUGGCGUUGCGGCAGGCCGGCGCGUCCCUCACUUACGCUGAGCUCGAUGCCCGCGCCGAGCACCUGGCGCAGCACCUGCGCGCCCGGGGAGUCGGCAAGGGCGACAUCGUCGCCAUCGCGCUCGCGCGGUCGUUCGAGAUGGUCGCGGGCCUGCUGGCCGUCCUCAAGAGCGGCGCGGCCUACCUGCCGUUCGACCCCGGCCUGCCGCCGCAGCGCGUCGCCGCCCAGCUCGAGGAUGCGCGCGUAGAGCUGGUCCUGGUCGACGGCGCGGCGCGCGCGCGGCUGGGGCCGGCGCGCUGGACCCUGGUCGAGGUCGGGGCCGCCCUGCGCGCGGACACGCCGGCGGUGCCGCGCGCCGCCGCGGCCCCGGCCGGGGGCGAAGACCUCGCCUACGUCAACUACACCUCCGGGUCGAGCGGCGCGCCGAAGGGCGUGAUGAUCCCCCAUCGCGGCGUCACAAGCCUGUUGCUCGAGCCGUCCUACGCCAGGCUGGGCCCCGGGCGAAGCGUCCUGCAACUGGCGCCGCCGAGCUUCGAUGCCAUGACCUUCGAGUUGUGGGGGCCGCUGCUGCACGGCGGUACCUGCGUGCUCUUCGACGGCAAGCUGCCGACGCUGGGCGCCCUGGCCCGAACCCUGCAGGCGAACCGCGUCACCACGCUGUUCCUGACCACCGCGCUGUUCAAUGCCGCGAUCGACGAGGCCCCCUCGGCCCUGGCGGAGGUCGAGGAGCUGCUGACCGGUGGCGAGGCCCACUCGCCCGCCCAUAUGCGACGCGCCCGGCGCCUGCUGGCGCAGACUCGGAUCUCCAGCGUCUACGGGCCGACGGAGGCGACCACCUUCGCGACGCAGUUCCCGAUCGACCGGCUGGACGAGACGGCCGCGAGCGUUCCGCUCGGGACCGCGAUCAACAACCGCCAGGUCCUGGUGGUCGACGCGUCGGGCCGGCGCUGCGGCCCCGGCGCGCCGGGCGAGAUCGUGAUCGCGGGACCGGGACUCGCGCUCGGCUACCUCAACAGACCGGAGGAGACCUCCGCCCGCUUCGUUACGGGGCUGGCCUGUCUGCCGGCCGGCGAGCGGGCGUAUCGCACGGGUGACCGCGCGCGCUAUCUGGAGGGCGGGGUGAUCGAGUUUCUCGGUCGUGCCGACGACCAGGUGAAGAUCAACGGGUAUCGUGUCGAGCUCGGCGAGAUCGAGACGAACCUGAUCGCCCUCGACGGCGUCGACCGCGCCUGCGUCCUGCUCGAUGAGAGCCGGGGGGAGAAGCGACUGGUUGCGGCGCUGGUCGCGCCGGCCUCCGCCGUCCCGCGUGCGCGCCGGGCGCUUGCGCAGAGGCUGCCGGCCUACAUGCGGCCCUCGUGCUACCUGACCCUCGACGCGCUGCCGUUGACCGCCAACGGCAAGGCGCGCCUGUGGGAAGCGCGGGGCGAGAUCCCCCGCGAGGCUUGGCGGAGCCUGGGGCGCGAAGGCCUUCUCGGGCUGCACCAGAGUCCGGCGGUCGGCGGCAGCGGGCUCGACUUCCUGCACUCGGCCGUCUUCCUCGAGGAGGUGGGGCGCCUCGGGUUCGGCGGAUUGCGCUUUUCCGUGGCGCUCCACGCCUACAUGGCCAGUCCCUACCUGGCCCUGGCCGGCAGCGCCGAGCUGAGCCGGCGGUUCCUGCAACCGGCCGUGGCCGGCGAGUCUAUCGUGUCGCUGGCGAUCACCGAGGCCGCCGGCGGCUCCGACCUUUCGGCCCUGGCCGCGACGGCCGUGCGCGACGGCCCGGAUUACCGGCUCGACGGCGAGAAGGUCUUCGUGGCCAACGGCGGCUUCGCGGAUGUCUUCAUCGUCGCCGUGCGCACCGAAGGGGCGCCCGGUUCGCGCGGUCAGGCGGGCAUCAGCCUGUUCGUCGUCGAACGCGACCGCGCCGGCCUUCGGGUGGAGCCCAACGACUGCGUCGUCUGGCGCGCCGCCGCGAUCUCCGACCUGCGCCUCGAGUCGGUGCGCGUGCCGGCCGCGAACCUCAUCGGCCGGCCCGGGGCGGGGUUCAUGCUGAUCAUGCGGCAGAUGCAGAUGGAGCGGCUCGCGGCCGGCCUCGUCGCCAUCGGCGACGCGGCGAACUGCCUGGCGAUGACCUGGCGCUAUCUCAGCGGCCGGCACGCGUUCGGCGGCACCUUGAGCGACCGGCAGGCCGUGCGCCACCGCAUGGCCGAUCUUCUCACCGAGGUGGAGGCGGCGCGCCAGCUCGCCUACCACGCCGCCUGGCGCUUCUCGCAAGACCCCCUGGCCAUCACCGAAUGCUCGAUGGUCAAGCUGAAGGCCGUCGAGGUCUGCAAGACGGUGGCCGAGACCUGUCAGCACCUGCACGGUGCCGAGGGCUUCCGUGCCGGUUCGGACCUGGUGCGGAUCGUCCAGGACGCGCGGGCCGCGGCGGUGGCCGGUGGCGCCAGCGAGAUCAUGCGCGAUAUCAUCGCGCAGAACGGGCUUGCCGAAGGCGGCGGGGCCACGGCCGCGGCCGCCGGCGUGCUGGCCGCCUUCGUCGGCUUCUCGAGCUCCUUUGCCGUCAUUGUCGAAGGUCUGUCGACCGUCGGCGCGACCCAGAGCCAAACCGCCUCGGGCCUGAUGGCCGUCUCGGUCGCCAUGGGACUUUGCGCGAUCCUGCUGAGCCUGCGCACGCGCAUGCCCAUCAGCAUCGCCUGGUCGACGCCGGGCGGCGCUCUGUUGGCCGCCUCCACCGCGCCGAGCGAAGGUUUUGCCGCGGUCAUCGGCGCCUUCCUCCUGGCGGGCGGGCUGACGGUCCUGGCCGGCCUUUGGCGGCCGCUCGGGCGCGCCGUCGCCUCGAUUCCCGGUCCCUUGGCGAACGCGAUGCUGGCCGGCGUGCUGCUGCCGCUGUGCCUCGCGCCCGUACAGGCGGUGAUCGAAUUUCCCGCCCUCGGGCUCGCCAUCGUGGUCACCUGGGCGCUCGUCGGCCGGCUCAACAAGCUCUACGCCAUGCCCGCCGCGGUCCUGGUGACCGGCAUCCUGAUCUUUGCGACCACCGAGAUCACGGCCGCGGAGUUGGGGCCGCUCUGGCAGGCGCCGGAGUUCGUCGUGCCGGAGUUCUCCCUGGCGGCGAUGAUCGGGAUCGGCCUGCCGCUGUUCCUGGUGACCAUGGCGUCGCAGAACAUCCCGGGCAUCGCCGUGCUGAAAGCCAACGGCUACCGGCCCGAGCCGAGCCCCCUGUUCAGUUGGACCGGGGGCUUCAGCCUGCUGGCCGCGCCCUUCGGCGGACACGGCGUGAACCUCGCCGCGAUCACGGCCGCCAUCUGCGCCGGCGAGGAGGCCGGGCCGGAUCGCGCGCGGCGGUACUGGUCCGCCGUGAUCGGCGGCGCCAUCUACGUGCUUCUCGGCCUGGGGGCGGGUGCGGCGACCGCCUUCAUCGGCGCGUCGCCGCCGAUCCUCAUCCAGGCCGUGGCCGGGCUGGCGCUGCUCGGCGCGCUCGGCGCCUCCCUGAUGGCGGCGGUGUCCGAGCCCGCGUGCUCGGCGUGA